AGUGACUUAGCAGACCCCAAAGAUGCUUUAUGUGGUAAGAGUGAGACCGCUGCUUUGGAGUCCAAGCAGCUUGGCAACCAUUACUUCUUGAAAGGAGAUUAUAUGAAGGCUUUGAAUUGCUAUACGAAGGUUCUUUCCUCAACUUCUCUCUCAAAUGUGCUGUCUUUUGAUAGAUAUGGAUUCAAAUGCUGGUAGUAGUAGAAUAUCAAUUACUCUGCACGUCACACCUCUUAGGAAAGAAGGAACUGCAAUAGCUGCGCUGAAAGCGAGCUGAGAAAAAUUUAUUUUAUUCUAAAUCAUGAAAACGGAAGUAGACCUAACAGUUCGUGACUUUAGUUAUUAUCUUUUACAUCCGAUGCUUGGUAGCAUAAAGUAGUAGGGCUGGACUUGGACGAGUGGCAUUUGCAGCUGGAAUUGAAAGGCCAUGGAGUGGAGGCUUCUGGCGUUCAUCUAUCUACUCUUGUCAGUUCUGAUUAAAGGAGGAAAGGCAUUGCGUAUGGCUCCUUUGGAGGCUAUUGACCUGGAGAAGAAUCUGGUUGCAAUAUUAUAUAUUAAUCGAGCUACUGUAUUGCAUAAAAUGAAUCUUUUAACUGAGUGUUUGCGGGACUGCACUCGAGCUCUUCAGAUAUGUCCAAGCUAUGCAAAGGCAUGGUACAGGAGAGGUAAGGCGAAUGUUUCAUUGGGAAAUUAUAAAGAUGCAAUCUGUGAUCUAAAUGUGGCUAAGAGCAUGGAAUCAUCAUUGAGCGGGAAGAAACAAAUAAAAGGUGAGCUUAAAAAUAUAUUACACCAAUGCGAGGGGACAAGUUCAGUGGUUCAGAAUGAGAAGAAUAGCUUGGAUACAGCAGAUGAGAUGCCCCAAAUAAAGCUACAGCUGGUCACCACACUUGAUAAAGGACGGGGUAUGAUAUCAUCGUGUGACAUACCUCCAGCUUCUUUAGUUCAUCGUGAAGAACCUUAUGCCAUGAUAGUAUUAAAGCAAUGCCGAGAAACACAUUGCCAUUACUGCUUGAAUGACCUACCUUCUGAUGCAGUUCCUUGUAGAUCUUGUUCAAUACCGCUAUAUUGCUCUCAGCAAUGCCAGAUACAGGCUGGUGGACAGAUGUUUAAGAUUAAUCCUGAAGACCAUGGCAUUCUUAAAAGUCUACCCAGUGAUCUUGGGACGUAUGCUACAGGAAUUAUAUUAGGCAAUGAUUCUAAACAUGAUAUUGAGGAUAUUCCUGAACAUAAACAUGAAUGCCAAGGUGUACAUUGGUCUACAGUAUUACCAUCUGAGAUUGUUUUAGCAGGCCGAGUACUAGCAAAGUUUUUCCAGAGAAGUGCAUACGAAGAUAUUACAUACUUUGUGAAAAGCCUGGAGCUUUUUCAUUGUUAUGCACGACUACCAUCUGAUAGCAAAUUGGAUUUGCAUAUAUAUGCUAUUAUAUUGCUAUACUGUCUGCUGCACUCUUGUGGUGCUAGGUUUUCCAUGGAUGGGGUCACUAUGUCACAGGUUGUCAUAAUUUUUUCUCAAAUCAAAGUGAACUGCAUGACUAUUGUUCGUAUAAGAUCUAUAGAUGCUCAUGGACUACAAGUUCAGUUUGGAGAAUCUCUAGCUAGUGGAUGUUUAACCAGUAAUGUGGAACAGGUCAGAGUGGGUAAGGCUAUUUACAAAUAUGGCAGCUUGUUCAACCAUUCUUGUCAACCAAAUGUUCAUGCUUAUUUCCUUUCACGUACUCUGUGUAUACGAACGACAGAAGUUGUAGCAGCUGGGUGUCAGCUGGAAUUAUCCUAUGGUCCACAGGUUGGGUUCUGGGAUAAUAAAGAUCGCCAAGCCUUUCUGAAAGACGAGUACUCAUUUCAAUGCCAUUGCAGUGCUUGUUCGGAAUUCAAUCUCUCUGACAUUGUCCUUAGUGCUUUUCACUGUGUCAGCCGAAAUUGUUCUGGUGCAGUCUUGGACAGCAGAGUAGUCAACUGGGAAAGGCAGAAAAUUAAGCACUUCCCUGGUGCUGACAAAGUUAACAGAAAUGAUGACAUUUAUGAAACCUGUCUACGUUUAUUCAACCUAAAUGAUGGCUACGCUCAUAUUCAGCCUGGUUACUGUUUGAGAUGUGGUUCUUACCGAAAUUUAGAGUCUUUAUGCGCUACAGUUGAUAAAGCUUGGAUAUGCAUCAAAAGAUUGCAGGAUGCGGUAAUAUCAAAAGAAAUCUCGAAUACUACUAUUUCAGAUGCAUUAAAAUCUCUUCAUCUGCUGAGGUCAUAUUUGCAUUCCUACAACAAGCGUAUUGCAGAGGCAGAGGACAGCCUUGCUCUGGCCUUUUGUACGGUUGGAGAAUUACAAUUAGCAAUGGACCAUUGUAAAGCAUCUUUGCUGAUUCUGGAAAAGCUAUAUGAUCCGGAUGAUAUUGUCAUUGCCUUUGAGCUUGUGAAGCUUUGUUCCAUUCAAAUUUGCAUGGGUGAUAAAACUGCACUGGAAAGCAUAAGUCGAAUAUGUGAUGUCUUCUCACGUUAUUAUGGACUUCAUGCCCGCUCGGUAUUCCCAUAUCUUAAAUGCCUUACAGAAGCGAAGACUUUAUUAGUGAGGCCUAAAGGGACUCAAGGAAAGCUUUUCCGGCAAAAUAAGAACUUAGAUUGGAGAUUUGUAUGCAGUGAUCUUGUCGGCGAAGGAAUUCAACAGUGAAAUCUUCACUAACCUUUUGGUGUGUAGUCUUGCUAUGCUUGGAUUCUUAUUGGAAACAUUAACCAAACACACUCCUCAAAGAUAUGGAGAUUCCGUCUGUGAAGUGAAAAGAGGAGACGUUAUCUUCAGAUUUUAGAUCACCUUUUUUCAUCUGGUUGCCACUUGUCUUCAGCUUGAGAUUUAGCGAGGGGAGAGUUUACGAUGCAACUUUGAUGUUGCAUGCAUGCAACCAUAUGAUGGUUUCACCCUUUAUUAUUUGUUUUGAAUAUUUUUAGACUGGAGAUGUUGCAAAUUCAGGAUUGUUUAUAAAAGGUUAUGUAAGAAUUAUAAUGUUCAAAAUCA